CGAUUUGGGAUAGGAAUUUGGGAUGCGCCAAGAUUUUUUUCCUUCUCCCUCUCUCCUGUCUCUCUCCAGCAUCGGACUCCUGCGAAACUCCAACGGACUCGGCAAAUCCGGCGACUUUCUCCGAGAAUUUGGGUUUGUGGAGUCAUGUUGAAGCAAGUGUAUCGCAACUUAUGUACCCACGGAGGUGGGAAAAUCAGGCUUUGUUUGUAUGCACCCGCAACUGGCUUCCACUCUGGACAGCCUUGUUUUGCACCAAGAAGUUUUUUUGGCGUAGAGGACUUCCUCGACGAUGACAAUAGUCGACCAUACACUUACAAGAAGGAGAAGAAAUCUAAAAAUCCAGACAAGCACUUAUCAUUCAAGCAAAGAACAGUAGCUUAUAUGGAACCAUUUACACUUGACGUGUUCAUCUCAAAGCGUUUUGUGUCGGCCUCAAUCACCCACAGGGUAACAAGCAAGCAGGUUGCAGUUGCUGGUACUAACUCCAAAGAUAUCAAGGCUGUGCUAAAAUCGCGAUCAGAUAUACCUGCUUGUUUGGCCGUAGGCCGGAUUUUAGCUGAGAGGGCAAGAGAAGCUGAUGCCUACACAGCGGCUUAUACUCCGAGGGAGAGGGACAAGUUUGAAGGGAAAAUCAGAGCAGUCGUUCAGUCGCUCAUUGAUAAUGGCAUUGAUAUCAAAGUUUAUCUUGACUGAAUCAUUAUUUAUUUUUUCUACUUAGGUGUUUUUCGCAUUUCUCUUAGCCCCUUCUCUUUCCAAAGUUACAACAUUAGGAAUGCUAGGAAAAUGGACGUAUGGUUUGUAACAUCAAAAUAUUACAUGGCAUAUCACCACAUUUUAAUCUGUAAAGUGGUGAUGAUCCUUCUUCCUCUGUUGUGAAGUGUGUUCGGUAGACUUUGUGAGAGAUUCAUUAUCUUUAGUUAAAAUUGGGGUGGGUUCAGGUGGUGGAAGUGGUUGUGAUCUGUGGUGGUGAUUUGGUGUUUGUGGUGACUCGAGGUAGUAUUUUUGUGUCCGGUAUAGACAAUGUCAAAGAGCUAGGAAUAGUUGGCAUAAAAAAAAAAGGUUGGGCCUCUCAUGGAUUCCAUAUGAAUAUUUUGAGCAUUUUGUCUGUGAA